AUGCCACCCCUGUGGAUCCAGCCUUUGGGGAACUCGAGGAAGGGGAACAAGAUCCUGAGCAACAACAAGAUCACUGUGCUCCGCCGCGGGUCGUUCCUGGGCUUGCACCUGCUGGAGAGGCUGGAUCUGAGGAGCAACAUCAUCAGCACCGUGCAGCCCGGCGCCUUCCUGGGCCUGGGGGAGCUGAAGCGCUUAGAUCUCUCCAACAACCGGAUAGGCUGUCUCUCCUCCGAGACCUUCCAAGGCCUCCCCAGGCUUCUCCGACUAAACAUGUCCGGGAACAUCUUCUCCGGUCUGCAGCCUGGGCUCUUUGACGAGCUGCCGGCCCUGAAGGCUGUGGACUUUGGCACUGAGUUCCUGACCUGUGACUGCCGCCUGCAGUGGGUGCUGCCCUGGGCCCGGAACCACUCUGUGCAGCUGUCAGAGCGCACGCUCUGCACCUACCCCAGCGCCCUGCACGCACAGGCCCUAGGCGGCCUCCAGGAGGCCCAGCUCCGCUGCGAGGGGGCCCUGGAGCUGCACACCCACCACCUCAUCCCUUCCCUGCGCCAAGUGGUGUUCCAGGGUGACCGGCUGCCCUUCCAGUGCUCCGCCAGCUACCUGGGCAACGACACCCACAUCCGCUGGUACCACAACCGGGACCCCGUCGAGGGCGACGAGCAGACAGGCAUCCUUCUGGCCGAGAGCCUUGUGCAUGACUGCACCUUCAUCACCAGCGAGCUGACCCUGUCGCACAUCGGCCUGUGGGCCUCGGGCGAAUGGGAGUGCUCCGUGUCCACCGUCCAGGGCAACGCCAGCAAGAAGGUGGAGAUCGUGGUGCUGGAGACCUCCGCCUCCUACUGCCCUGCCGAGCGGGUGGCCAACAACCGUGGGGACUUCAGGUGGCCUCGGACCCUGGCUGGCGUCACGGGCCUGCAGUACCCCUUCACCUCCGUGCCCCUGAGUGGGGGCUCCCCGGGCACCCGAGCCUCCCGCCGGUGCGACCGCGCGGGCCGCUGGGAGCCGGGGGACUACUCCCACUGCCUGUACACCAACGACAUCACACGUGUGCUCUACACCUUCGUGCUGAUGCCCAUCAACGCCUCCAACGCGCUGACCCUGGCUCACCAGCUGCGCGUGUACACGGCCGAGGCCGCCAGCUUCUCCGACACCAUGGACGUGGUCUAUGUGGCUCAGAUGAUCCAGAAGUUCUUGGGUUACAUCGACCAGAUCAAAGAGCUGGUGGAGGUGAUGGUGGACAUGGCCAGCAAUCUGAUGCUGGUGGACGAGCACCUGCUGUGGCUGGCCCAGCGCGAGGACAAGGCCUGCAGCGGCAUCGUGGGCGCCCUGGAGCGCAUCGGGGGUGCCGCCCUCAGCCCCCAUGCUCAGCACAUCUCCGUGAACUCGAGGAACGUGGCCCUGGAGGCCUACCUCAUCAAGCCGCACAGCUAUGUGGGCCUGACCUGCACAGCCUUCCAGAGGAGGGAGGUCGGGGUGCCAGGCAUGCAGCCAGGCAGCGCUGGCCAGAACGCCCCGCCCGAGCCCGAGCCCUCCACCGACCAGCAGCUGCGCUUCCGCUGCACCACCGGGAGGCCCAACGUCUCCCUGUCCUCCUUCCACAUCAAGAACAGCGUGGCCCUGGCCUCUAUCCAGCUGCCCCCCAGCCUGUUCUCGUCCCUGCCGGCUGCCCUGGCUCCCUCGGGCCCCCCGGACUGCACCCUGCAACUGCUCGUGUUCCGAAACGGCCGCCUCUUCCGCAGCCACGGCAACGCCUCCCGCCCUGGAGCUGCUGGCCCCGGCAAGCGGCGUGGCGUAGCCACCCCGGUCAUCUUUGCCGGCACCAGUGGCUGUGGCGUGGGGAACCUGACGGAGCCGGUGGCCGUGUCGCUGCGGCACUGGGCUGAGGGCACCGAACCCAUGGCAGCUUGGUGGAGCCAGGAAGGCCCUGGGGGGCCUGGAGGCUGGAGCUCCGAGGGCUGCCGGCUGCACUCCAGCCAGCCCGGUGCCAGCUCCCUGCACUGCCUGCACCUGGGCAAUGUGGCCGUGCUUAUGGAGCUGAGCGCGUUCCCCAGGGAGGCGGGGGGCCCCGGGGCAGGGCUGCACCCAGUGGUGUACCCCUGCACCGCCUUGCUGCUGCUGUGCCUCUUCUCCACCAUCAUCACCUACAUCCUGCACCACAGCUCCAUCCACGUGUCCCGGAAGGGCUGGCACAUGCUGCUCAACCUGUGCUUCCACGUGGCCAUGACCUCCGCCGUCUUUGCAGGGGGCAUCACGCUCACCGACUACCAGGUGGUCUGCCAGGCGGUGGGCAUCACCCUGCACUACUCUUCACUGUCCACGCUGCUCUGGAUGGGCGUGAAGGCUCGGGUCCUCCACAAGGAGCUCACCUGGAGGGCGCCCCCUCCACAGGAAGGCGACCCUGCCCCACCUGCACCUCGUCCCAUGCUCCGGUUCUACCUGAUCGCCGGCGGGAUCCCACUCAUCAUCUGCGGCAUCACCGCGGCUGUGAACAUCCACAACUACCGGGACCACAGCCCCUACUGCUGGCUGGUGUGGCGCCCGAGCCUCGGAGCCUUCUACAUCCCGGUGGCUUUGAUUCUGCUGGUUACCUGGAUCUACUUCCUGUGCGCAGGGCUGCGCUUGCGGGGGCCUCUGACACGGAGCCCAAAGGGGGGCAACAGCAGGGGCUCUCUGGAGCCGGGGGAGGAGCCGAGGGGCUCCCCCAGGCUCAGGAGCAGCGGCCCCCUCCUGAGUGACUCAGGUUCCCUCCUGGCUGCUGGGAGCGCCGGCGCGGUGACACCCGUGCCCCCGGAGUAUGGUGACGGCCUCUAUUCUCCCGGGGCCCAGCUGGGGGCGCUGGUGACCACGCACUUCUUGUACCUGGCCAUGUGGGCCUGCGGGGCCCUGGCGGUGUCCCAGCGCUGGCUGCCCCGGGUGGGGUGCGACCGGCGCCGGAGGCGCACGCGCCCGCCCGCCGGCCUGCCACCCGAGGGCGAGCCCACGCUCACGCCCUCCGAGGGCAGCGACACCAGCGCGGCGCCGCUCCCCGACCUGCCCGCCCAGCGCCGCAGCGCCAGCCGCGACACCCUCAAAGGCGGCGGCACGGCGCCGGAGGAGAGCAAGCGCCGCUCGUACCCGCUCAACAGCGCCAGUCUCAACGGCGUCCCCAAGGGCGGCGCCAAGUACGACGACAUGGGCUUGACGGGCAACGAGGCGGCCGGGGGCGGCUGCAUGAAGACCGGCCUCUGGAAGAGCGAGACCACCGUCUAGGGAGGGACGGGCGGCCAGGACAGGUUGGCCACGCGGGCCUUGGAGGUGGCCACCGGCGAGCCGGCAGUCCUGCGGUGGCGGCGCCCCUGGUGCACCUGGAGGUCGGGGAGGAACUGGCCAGCUGCGCCCCUCUGUGGCAGCCACCCCGGAAUCAUCCAGGACCCUCUGGGCAGUUCUGACAAUCGUUAGGGGGGCCCUCCCAGGGAAGGGACCACCUGUAGUCUGCUGGGUGACCCAGGACCUUACGAAGGGCAAAAUACACGGGGCCAGCCACACCUGUCCACAUUGGGGAGCCUGGGCGCUCUCCCUCACUGGCCCCCACUGUCACCCCAGUCCCAGCCCGGUGCAAGAGCCUCACUCGCACCUGUCCCAGGUCUGGCCAGCGUGAGGCAGCCUAGCAGAUGAGCCAAGGGCCCAGGCCCAGGGACAGUAACAGGUGCUGCUUUUUAAACUAUGCAAGAGGGGAAGGCAACUGGGAGAGGGUGCAGCCAGUCCUGCGAGGGGCACAGGAGGACUGAGGCCGUUCCCACGGGAGCAGUGGCCAUCACAGCUGCUGAAGCCCAAGAGGCUGACCCCGCCAGGAGCCCGAGGUGUUCUGAGGGAAGCCCAGGGAGCUGUGACGAUCAGAUCGUGCCCCGUGUCCACCACUGACAAGGAGUGUCUUCAUCCCACUGCUGGUUUGAGCAGGAGGCUCAGGCCCCUCCUCCGAUUCCUUCCUCACCUCCCAUGCAACACUGUGAUCUCUGGAAGCCCUCCACAGGCCAUCCCAGCUUCCUGACCCAGGCCCAAGCUGUGAGGCCGAGCCAUCAGGGGGCCGUGCUGUCACUAGCUUUAACCAGCACCACCAUCCUUUACUGCAGGGCCAGAUGGCAGUAGAGGCUGGGCCUUGCAAAGAGCAACAGGAACCCCAGGUCUGCCCCGGGCUCCCUCCCGGCCUAUCACACCACCCUGCCGCCAAGGCAAGAGGACCCGGGGGAGGGAGGACACCCGCACUCCUCGGGACGGCCGUUAUUGAUGCUUGCUGCACACACAUUAGCAGAAAAAGAAAGCUUUGUAUUACUCUUCACGUAUGCGGCU